AUGAAAAUAUUAAGCCUCUCAUGUGCUACCGUUUCGACUGGGACGCUCGAAAGAAAGUUUGUCGAAAUUCCAUUUCCAACCUGGUAUGAUACGCUUGGCUUCGAUAACCUUGUAAUCCAACUCUCUAGUCAAGUGUGCAGGAUUCAUUUCCCGUUUGUUCAUCUGUUCAAACCCACGUCUAAGUGGGCCUUGCAGCCUCGUGAUGCGUUCUUCGAUAGAAUAUGGACAGUCUCCCUUGCUUAGUUCGAGGAGGAGCGUUCUGAGCUCUCUGAUGGUCUUGUCGAGAUCUGGGUUAUCCACUACGUUGGCGCUCAUUGAUGUU